ACUAGAAAAAGAAAAUUGCUCUCUUCCUUCCAUUUCCCUUUAAAGGUCAUUUUCUCUAAAUAGAUUCUGCAUUUUGUUUUUCAUUCGUGGCACGGUGGCAGCAGUCAGACGUAAACAGUUCGCCAUUUUGUUUAUGUCGUUUCUCGUGACAUUUAGCUCAGAUUUCUUUGAACGUCGUUAAUCAUUCAGUGCAACGCCAAGCACGUUCUUAGUGGGAUUUUACAUCAACGAUUUUGUUAAGAACAACAAAAUCAUGAAGCAGGUGGAUGCACAAAACCAAGAAGAAACUUACAGUCGGUGAAAAAAAAACAUCUAAAUUUCCUGUGAUUGAAUUUGACGGUGUACCAUGUUGAAACCUCAAUUAAGGAUAGUGGACAACCUUAGGAGUCUAAGGUUCUAUUUAUGGCUCUUCUUCUCGACGAUCAAUCGCUGACAGAUAGACCUACAUACCGAAUCCAGUCAUGUACACCUUCAAGAUUAGUUGCCUAGUUUUUUUCAUUUACCUGUACAGGUAAAGUCAUGGCCCUUGCACCCAGUAAAUCUGGAUUGGUAAUAGUAUCAAGCUAACCAUUGACCCGCUAACCAAACAGACACUGUCCAGGCGGUUAUUGUUUUUUUCAGUUGUGUUUAACGAUUAUAAUUGCUGAAUAUGUGUGGCCUUUAUUCUUGACUUUGUGUUUUUGUCUAAUCGAAUCUUGCAGAAUGGGGCAAAACAAAGACGAUGGCGAAAAUGCAAACGCAAACAGCAUUUAAAUUUUCCCGUUUUGUAGUUGUUAUCUCAUCUGAACGGAAAUUUGUCAAUAAAGAUGUCAUCUUCUAUAUCAGCAUCGAAGCACAGAAUUCGCAUUCAACAUUAAAGUGAAACAUGGCGCAUUUACCUGUGAUUUUUAUUCCCGUUUGCUUCCUGUUAUUAGUGGCGUGGCCGAGCUUCACUGCCGCGACAACUUUGGAGGAAUUGCAGCUGCAACUGAAUCAAUUAAGCCAAAACUAUAAAAUUCUGGAAGAAAAAGUUGCGAAACUGGAAAUUGCCCUGCACGUAGCGAAGGAAUCGGCAGGAAAAAGUUCAAUUUCCCGGACUUGCAGAGAGACCCGAUUAGCCGAUCCAUCGCUAAGCUCCGGAAUGUACUGGAUCGAUCCUGAUGGUCAGGGAGUGGGAGACGAUCCGAUUUACGUCUUUUGCAACAUGACAACAGGAUCGACUGCUGUUCCGCACGACAGCGAAUCACCAACGGAUGUGGGCCACUGCGCAGAUCCGGGAUGUUAUUCCAAGGCCGUCAAGUACGUCGCCAGCAGCAGGCAAAUGCUAGCGUUGGCUCAUUUAUCUGCCCAAUGUUAUCAGUCGAUUAAAUACGAUUGCAACUAUGCCCCGUUGAAGUUGAAUGAUGUUACAUACGCAUGGUGGAAUGAUAAAAAUGGAAACCCGCAAUACUUUUGGGCUGGCAACAAUAACCGCGUGCACAUCUGCCAGUGUGGGAUCGAUGGCAACUGCGUCGAUCCUGCCACUAAAUGCAACUGUGAUGCUGCGGCACCAAUCCAAUUAUCCGAUGAGGGUGUCGUGACGAAAAAAGAUGUUCUUCCAAUCACGAAGCUGAACUUUGGUCGCACCCAGUUGGAAACCUCGUCCGGUGUUCACACGUUGGGCCCGUUUGAGUGUACGGGACAGGUAGCUGUCAAUAGAAUGCCAUCCUCUUGCGAAGAUCUAUGGAAAACCGGACACACGUUGAGCGGAUUGUAUUCACUGAUGGGCGUCUCAAUGGUUGAGAGCGUGUACUGCGAUUUUUCAAAGCUCCCGCACGAGUCAGGUUUUCAGAAGUGGGUCGGAUUCGUAGACAUCAAAUCUUCUCCCACCUUCUUUUACGUAAGAAGAAAGGGUCGCUUUGACAAAUUAAAUACUCCCAUUCCUUUUGACCAUAUUAUGUUGAACGCGGGAGGGGCCAUGAAUUGGGCUACAGGAAUAUUUACUGCUCCUCGAACGGGUAAAUACUUUUUCAGCGCGUCUGGAAUGGCGGCAUAUCCAAAGGCUUCCUCUCGGCUAUAUUUAGACAUAAAUAUAUACAAAAAUGGUCAUUCAAUAGCGAUAGGUGGUUCUGAUUCUUACAGCUCCCACUGGACAGUAGAAUCAUUUACUCUGCAAGCGAUUUCUGAUUUGCAAAAAGGGGAUAGAAUUUGGUUGGCCAUUGGGGCAAAAGCAGGGAGCGGUUACAUUUAUGAAAAUGGCUUUUUUCAUUUGACUGGUUUCUUGUUAGAAGAAGCAGUUUCAGUUUCAUUAAGGGCCUCCAAUUGAAUGUUGUAAGGCAGUCCUCAAAACGAGUAGAGUGUCAACGCGAAACAGAAGCCAACUUAAUAAACGUGCUCUUAAACGAUA